AUGAAUUUAGACCUGAAAGAAGAGCCUGGCGAAAAGAGCCCUAUCAUCUGUAACGAUUUGGAAAAGGAUCCGAUUGCCCAAUUCACCAACUGGUUCGAGCUGGCCACCAACGAGUCCACCGACCCGAUCCCCGAGUCUGUGGUCUUAUCCACUGCCCAGCUUCCUUCCGGAAGAGUUUCGUCGCGGGUGGUUUUGUUCAAGGAGCUUGACCACAGAGGAUUUAUCAUCUACUCGAACUUCGACACCUCCAAGAAGAACAGAGACAUCAGAAGCAACCCGCACGCCGCGCUCAACUUCUUCUGGAAAGACCUGCAGAAACAGGUCCGUGUGGAGGGAAUUGUCGAGUUUGUGGACUACGACACCUCGUCGCGGUAUUUCAAUACCCGUCCUCGGGGAUCCAAGAUCGGAGCACACGCUUCUCCACAAUCGAGUGUGUUGAAGGACAGACAUCACAUAGACGAUCUGUAUAAGGCUACCGAGGACAAGUUUGCCGACAAGAAAGACGAGGAGAUCCCAUGUCCUGAGAAGUGGGGUGGUAUCCGGAUUGUUCCUUUGGAAAUUGAGUUUUGGCAGGGCAGAAAGAGCCGGCUUCACGAUAGAUUGACUUACACUAGAGAUAGCAGUAGCGAACUCUUCACCCUGGAUACGGGCGACCUUGAGCUCAAGCUCGGUUGGUUGUCUAGAGCCGUCGGAACCAGCGAUGGUACCGGCACCCCAUGGAGAGCCACCGUGAACCUCGUUGAGGUUGGUGAGGUCAGCAAAGGCCUUGGCGUAUCCCAAUGGGAUGUAGAUCAAACCUUGAUGGGAGAAGAAAGACAAGGUGUUGACAAUGGUAAUCUCGUUACCACCACCAGAUCCGGUGGAAAUGAAGACACCGGCAGUCUUGUGGUAAAGGCCACCAGUGGCCCAGAGACCUCCAGUAGCGUCGAAGAAGGCCUUGAUUUGGGCAGGAACGUUACCGAAUCUGGUUGGGAAACCAAACAGGAUACCGUCAUACUUGGUCAGAGUUUCUGGGGUAGCGAUUGGGAACUCUGGUCUAGGUGGAGCGUGGAGUUUCUGCAAAACGUCCUCGGUAAGGGUUUCUGGAACCUGGAAGAUCUCAACGGUAGAUCCCGCAGCUUCAACACCCUUGGCGACUUCCUUGGCCAAAGUGGCGACGUGGUGGUACAGAGAGUAGAUGACAAUUGCGAUUUUAGCCAUGUUGAUGAAUUUGGAUUAAAUUGA